AUGACACUUAGGAGGAGUCUACCACUGCCGACUUCCCCCCACCGCCCGGAGGCCCUGGCCCAGCGCUGCCGGAAGUGUCGUAAAAAGCUGUGUGCCGGCGGCAGCGCUUUACGGCCGCGGGUGAGACGGUGCGUGUGCGGGCCGGUGAUGAGGGCGGCCCGCGCUGUGUGUCUAUAAGGAGCCCGUUUGUCUCUGCUCAGGAUGGCGGACGUACCGACUGGGCCCGGCGUGCUCUCACACUACCCCGGGGCCGGCCUGGCCCUGCCGGGGGAGCAGGAGGAGGACGACAGCGGAGAGGAGGAGGAGGAAGGUCGGGACGACACGCCGGCUGGGAACGACGCUUCAGAGGGCCCCAAGGGCCACCGCCGCCAUCACCACCAUCACCGCCAGCUCAAUGGCCUCAUCGGCCCCGACCUACGGCACCUCAAGAGCCUGCAGAGCAAGCUGCCCCCGGCGCACACUGCCGCCCCCAACGGGCUGGCCGAGGAGGCCCUGCCCGCCCUGCUGGCCGCCUGCACCGUGCACGACAUCCGCUAUGUGCGCUACGAGUCCGAACUCCAAAUGCCCGAUAUCAUGAGACUGAUCACCCGGGACCUGUCUGAGCCCUACUCCAUCUACACCUACCGCUACUUCAUCCACAACUGGCCGCAGCUCUGCUUCCUGGCCAUGGUAGGAGAGGAGUGUGUAGGUGCCAUCGUCUGCAAGCUGGAUAUGCACAAAAAGAUGUUUCGAAGAGGUUAUAUAGCCAUGUUAGCGGUGGAUUCAAAAUACAGAAGAAAGGGCAUUGGUACAAAUUUGGUUAAGAAAGCUAUUUAUGCCAUGGUUGAAGGGGAUUGCGAUGAGGUUGUCUUGGAAACAGAAAUCACAAACAAGUCUGCUUUGAAACUUUAUGAAAACCUUGGUUUUGUGCGGGAUAAACGCCUGUUCAGAUACUAUUUAAACGGAGUUGAUGCACUGCGUCUCAAACUGUGGCUGCGUUAGGACGGAUGCAUCGAGGAACAAAUCCCCAGACGUCACUCAUUCAGGACCUUACUUCCAUGCAGCUGUCCUGUCAGUAUCCUGUUUUGCGUGUCGCACAUAUUUGUUGCACUAAGGCAUGGCGCGUGUCUUGAAUUCAAAACCGAACCUUGCGUUACCAUCAUGAAGACUUCAAUUUGGUACCAGCGAGAAGUGCCAGUUGCUAGCCAAGACAUAAUUCAUUCAUUUGCAAAUCUACUGACUGUGUUAUAUUAAAACAAAAUGAACAUUUUAUAACAGA